CAUUAUCUGAGAAGAGAGCACAGAACUGGGAGUGUGGUGGGUCUGAGAACACUAGAGAGGGGUCACAAAGACACGGUGGUGUGUGUUCUCGUCCCUGCUGGUCGGGGUACGAGUAGGGAGCUGGUCUCCCCAAGCAGAUCCAUCUAGAACUUUCUCUUCUAACCAUUUCUAAUAUAUCCAGACAUUAAGCACCAUGCAGAUGGUGGAAGGAUAUCGGGUCACCUCUAGGCGCGACGUUGUUGGCCAGGUGAUGGAGGCGCAGGGAUAUGUGAAGGAGUUCACACGCCACUCUAGCGACGUCCUGCUCAAUUUAAAUGAGUUACGGCAUCGUGACAUCCUGACUGAUGCCACGCUGCUGGUGGGCAGUGUCCAGCUGCGCGCCCACUGUGCGGUUCUCAUUGCCUGCAGUGGCUUCUUCUAUUCUCUGUUCUUGCGCCACACAACCGGUGCUAUUAGCGAGCGAGGGGUUUCCCUGUCCCUGCCGGAGGGAUUGGAUGCGGGCAGUGUGUCACUGCUGCUGGACUUCAUGUACACCUCCCGCCUUCCUCUCACCCCUCGCACGGUGCACGGAGUGCUUGCUGCCGCCACCUACCUGCAGAUGGAACAUGUUGCAGACACCUGUCGAGCAUUCUUACAAAACGGUGAAAGGGUUUGUGUGAACCCUCCCCUGGUGGAGCUGGCCUCCAGUAGCAGAAGCCCCCAUGUAAGCUUCACAGUGCCACCUGGUGGUAGGCCUCCCCCUGCCCAAGUCUGCUCCUCCUCACCAUCCAGGCCUGCUGUGGAGGUCGAGGAGCCCAGCCCUGCCAGAGCCAGGGUUCCAGAAGAGAGCUUGGUCUCACUGGAGCCUGGGACUUGCCUGAUUCCUAUUCCCAGGCCAAAGAGCCUAAAAGUGGAGAAGCCAGAAUCUUCAUCCCUGUCCCAUUGCACACCAUCUCCAGAGAGCCCCUCCCAGUCCAGCGGGCAACCCAACUCACCAGCUGAGUCCAGCAGCUGUAGCCUUUCCCCUAAGAUGAAGCCUCGAUCGGAAUCCAAAUUUACUCCUGAUCCUAAGGCCUGUAACUGGAAGAAAUACAAAUAUAUUGUCCUCAACCCUCUCUGUGCCACACCCAUUAAAGAGGAGGGACCAGAGGAGGAGCACAAAACAUUUGGCAACUCGCCCUCUAGCAGUGAUAGCACAGAUACCACACCCAAACGACCCAAGGAGGAAUGGUCAAGCACUGGACAUGGGCUUAAUGAUGUGAAAGGCCUGUCCCCAGUUCAUGACACACCUUGGUCACACAUGCCUUUUACUUCCCACCCUGGACUCAUACCACAAACAGCAGACACUUACAGAGGACCACUGACUGCAGUGAUCAGAAACACCACAGGUUUUUGCUCUUUAUAUAAGAGCUCCUGUCCUGUUGUUCUAGAGGCAGCCAAACAGAAUGCUCAUGCAUUUGAGAAGCUUCCAGUCAAGCUCGAGAACCACUCCCCUGUGAUCUGUUACUCUGGAAACCAAGGAAGCACAAAACCUGCCUGCACAGGAGAUAAGCCAUACCGCUGUAAUGUGUGUGGGGCACAGUUUAACCGCCCAGCCAAUCUGAAGACGCAUUCCCGCAUCCACUCAGGGGAGAAGCCCUAUCGCUGUGAUACCUGUGGAGCUCGGUUUGUCCAGGUUGCUCACCUACGUGCUCAUGUUCUCAUUCACACCGGGGAGAAGCCGUACCCAUGCCACACCUGCGGGACACGUUUCCGUCACCUGCAGACACUGAAGAGCCACCUGCGCAUUCACACAGGGGAGAAACCAUACAGUUGUGAGAAAUGUGACCUGCGUUUCCGUCAUAAGAGCCAGCUGAGGCUGCAUCUGAGGCAGAAGCACGGCGCCGUCACCAACACCAAGAUCCGCUACAAGGUUCUGGCUGACCCCUACCAGACCAGGCCAGCCAUUCUGCAGGCCUGCUGAGCAACUCUACAGACCUAUUUCACACAGUUCCUUGUUCAAAAACUUUAGCAAUGUUUUAGAAUUUAUUAUGGUAUUGGAAUAGAUUUUGGGAACAAAGAUGCACAAGAAGGUAAAGGCAGGAUAAGUAUAAUUAAGAAUUGUGGUUUUAUGGUUGUUUAAUAUAAAAAGGUGGAGCGCUGCAUUCCUGGAAAGCACACACAUAUAUAUAUCAAAGCCUACAAUAACCUUCCAGGAAUGCCGCACUCCUGCACUAGACGUGCUGAAUACUAUUUUGGCUACUCAUUUUUUCUAUUUCCUUAUUUAUUUGACUUGCCAAGUGUUCUCUUUCACUCAGUAGCAUCACAUGUAGAUAAAAGGUAUGAGCAGACACUGAUUUCAGAUAGGCAGCAGCAUGUCUCAGACAGAGGGAACAUCCUAUAAUAAAGUUCUGCUGCUGAUCGCCAAGGACUCAAACAAUAAAUGGCAAGGUACCUACAGCUCUCAGAGUAGAAGAACUGGGAGAAGCAUUUCAAUUCCUUACAAAGUAAUAAUACAGAGGAAAGAAAGGUAGAUGGUAUGCGGGGAGAUGUGUUAGGAGUUCAAAUGGAAAACAAGGAAAUAUGAGUCAAGGAAAUGAUUUAGCAUGAAGAGCAAGACAUUUUUCGGGAAAGAUGUGAAAUCUGCAGUGAUAGUCAAUGGAAGGUAAAGGAAGAGUGUUAUGAAUUAAUGUGUAGGUUGUUUUAAAAGGAAUAUAAGGGCAGGUGUAUAGUUAAGGAAUGUUAAAUUGUUUAAUUCUUCCAAUGUGGUCGGACUAGGGGCCAUACAAGUAGGAAUGGCUAUGAAUUAAAUGUAUUAUUUAAUAGAUGUUAAUUCCCAAGUGUACCAUUUUUUUUGUCUGAUCUUCCUUUCUUUUUGAGUAAGAGAACAGCCUAGAACAGUCAUUUGCUUGCUUAUAUGCCAGUAGGUCAGUGGAUGUCAUGUUCUCAUUCUUAGUGUGUGUGAACAUGGCAGUCUCAUCAUGUUAUCUUUUAGUUAGUUAUGCACUAACACAUUUUUCGCUCUACUAAUUUUAUAAGGCCUGGAGCCUAUUUAUUUUAAAUAAAUAACCUUACUAAUUAUGAAUUAGAUGUAUUAGAGGAUUAACUUCUCAAAGGAUCCAAAAUUUUGUAUUAGUGAUAUUUUUGAUUAAGGGAAACGUAUAUUUUGUCAAUGGUAUGUGAUAGUCUAGGAGUCCAAGCAGGCCAAGGACUCAAACAAGCCAGGCAAGGUAAAUAUAAAAGUUAAUGGUAAGGAUGAAGAUAUUCUUGACAUUGUCAAAUGUAAUGCUCUUUUGCUGGACAAAGACAAGACCUAUUUUAUAUAAAUUAAAGUUAAAUUAAUUUCUUUUAAUUGGA